UUCACGCUUGAGGAGGAGUUGGGACUUCCCCUUCACUCUCUCUGCUUCAGUCAUUUUUCAGUUAAGCUCUUUCACAACUGGAGCUUAACUACAGAAUAAAGACACACCAGGAAAGAGAACUUUGGGGUGAAUUGGAUUGAAAGAAUCUCCAAAAUGUUUGAGCCACUUAUGCCUAAAAACCUGGCAGAAGACAUGGUACUGUGUGGCGAGUUAACAGCGAAAGGAAGCAAGCGUGCGUUCAAGCAUUUGGCUAAAGAGAAAAAGAACCGAUACCCUGAAUCAGGAACCGCCGCCGACUGCAGCAACUGGUGGGAGCAGUUCAAAGAAGGUAAAAAGAAAAACAAAAACGCGAUGGCCGUCAUGGCUGCUCACUAUACCCGAGUAGUCAAGCAACUGGACAGAUGCCAAAGCAAAGUGUUGCAGCUUGAGGAGAAAACUAAGUCUCAAGAAGACGAGAUCAAUCAGCUGAGACGGAAACUCCUGAAAGCGGAAGACGAAAACGUUCGGCUGAAUCACCAGAUGUCUAACAAUUCCGCUAAAAUAGUACAACUCGAGUCUAAAAUCGACACUCAAAAGAAAAAGAUCACCUCACUAAAACAGAGACUGCAUGAACAGGAAGCAGAAACUGAACAGCUCAAAAAGGAGAUUUCAAAUUCUAGCGCUUCUUGUGACGGCUCCAAAAACUCUGUAAGCCUUCCAGUACCUGUGACAUACAAUGCCAUCCGGCAGAGAUCGUUCUAUGCUCUUCUUAAUGAACUCCCAGACUUGCAGUAUAAACACUCGAACUAUGAGUUCUGGGCCAAGAUAAAGAGUUGGGUCCUCAAAGGAGAAGUGGAUCCUCAGGACAUCUUGACAAUCGUCCAAACAAAGUGCCCUCUUAAAGCUUGGCAGUCGAUAAAACUGAAUUUCGGCAACCAAGACCUGAAUGAGGUGAUAUUUUCCAACCCUGCAAUGAUAGGAAGACAGUUGGAAAAGCUCUGGAGGUGCGUGACAGAAGCUCUGGGGCCAGGCACUGAAUUGUUCGAGCUGUACUACCACCAGAUGCGAAAGAGAGGAGAAACAUUUGAGGAGUAUUUUGAGGAGAAGUUCAGGCUGUACUGCUCCCACGGGGUGGACAACAUGGAGCCGAACAGGAAUGACCCACAUUUUAUAUGUAACGUCAUAGAGAAGGCGGGAAAGCGCUAUCAAGCCUUAAAGAUGCAGAAUCCCAAAAGCUCUGAUGAACUGCUGAUCAAAGCCAAGCUUAUUGACAGUAUGCUGAUGCCAGCUGCAAAUGAUGUCAUGUGCUCGAACUGUGGUAGAAUGUACCACACUAAAGCCAAUUGCCGAAGACCUGGAGGGGGCGCAGAGGUCAGUCUAAACGAAUGCUAUACAUGUGGGAUGUACGGUCACUGGGCCAGGGACCACAAAAAUUAUUAGCUUCUUAUCAAGUGAUCAGGAAUGUUGGAGGAGAAAAUAAAUUGGUCAGAAGUGCUUCAGAAGGCAUACGUUCCCUGCUAAAAUACCGUUCCUGCAAUUCACCAGUUCCACUUAAACAUUUCUCACCUAGUUUUUUAUAAAACAAUGUUAAUACGUAUAAAUGUACAUGCUUGCUUAAAUUUUUUAGCAAUUAUUAUAGUGUUGUUGUUGUUUUUUAACUAGUAUUUACAUAUUUUUAGAUGCAUUUUAAUAGUUCUCAUACUUAAAUCGGAUAUGCUAGUUAUAUAUUUUUGUGUAUUUUUUGUCUAUUCUCAUAAUGUCGUGUGUUUGCAAAUAAAGACUUUGGAAAACUUGA